AUGAAGCUCUCCAAAGUCGUCGCGCUCGUUAGCUUGCUGGGCACUUCGGCGGCUGCUCCCUCGCAGCAAGACUCUUCCCAAGGGAGGCCUUUGAAGAAACCCAACUUUCUCUUCAUCCUGGCAGACGACCUAGAUUACCAAUUGAACUCCCCAGCCUAUAUGCCCAACACUCUGAGUCGUGUCAAAGACAGAGGCGUAGAGCUAACCAAUCAUUUCGUCACGACAGCCUUGUGCUGUCCCUCUCGGGUCGCGCUAUGGACUGGCCGCCAGGCCCAUAACACCAAUGUCACCGACGUCAAUCCACCUUGGGGCGGGUACCCUAAAUUCGUUGCGCAGGGAUUCAACGAUGACUGGUUCCCUGUGUGGAUGCAGAAUGCUGGAUAUAACACCUAUUACACUGGAAAGCUCAUGAACUCUCAUAGCCUUGAGACGUACAAUGAUCCGUUUAUCAAAGGUUUUAAUGGGUCGGACUUCCUUCUUGACCCGUACACCUACUCCUACUAUAACUCUACCUAUCAACGCAACCAGGAGCCACCAAAGAGCUACGAGGGCCACUACACGACGGAUGUGAUUUCCGAGAAGAGCCUGGGGUUUCUUAAUGAUGCGCUUAAGAGCGACCGGCCAUUUUUCUUUGCCGUCGCUCCAAUCGCCCCGCAUUCUAACGUUGACAACUUGGAAGAUGGUGCUGUAAUGACAGAAGCAGUUCCGGCACCCAGGCACCGUCAUCUCUUUAAAGAUGUCAAGCUGCCGCGGAAACCCAACUUUAAUCCAGUUAAUAACACCGGAGUCAGUUGGGUCAAGACUCUCGAACGUCAGAACCAGACUGUUGUUGAAUAUGAAGACAACUUCUAUCGUCAACGUCUACGAGCUCUGCAGAGCGUUGACGAGUUGGUCAAUGUUCUUCUUGAUCGUCUAGAGGAAAGCGGUGAUAUUGAUAAUACAUACAUUAUCUUUUCUUCUGACAACGGAUAUCAUAUUGGCCACCAUCGUAUUCCCCCAGGAAAGUCUACUGGCUUUGAGGAAGAUAUCCGUGUCCCGUUCUACAUACGCGGCCCCGGUAUUCCUGAGGGCAAAUCGGUUAACAGUACUACAACGCAUAUUGAUUUAGUUCCUACAUUCUUCGAGCUGGCCGGAAUUCCUCUCCGCGAGGACUUUGAUGGAGCCCCGGUACCUAUUACGCAAGGGACAGCAGGAACCAAACAUGAGCAUGUUGCAGUGGAAUUCUGGGGACAUGCGGGUUUCGAAGGGGAGUUUUCACGCAUUGGCCCCGACGCCGAUACCCACUUGUAUAACAACAGCUAUAAGUCGGCGCGUAUCCUCAGCGAAGAAUACAAUCUCUACUACGCCGUUUGGUGCACCAACGAGCACGAGCUAUACGAUCUUUCGGCGGAUCCGUACCAAAUAAAGAAUCUAUACUCUGUAGCCAAUAGUAAAAACGAUCGCUAUCUGGGACGCCCGCUGCAAGCAGUACAGAACCGCCUUGAUGCUCUGGUCCUGGUCCUACAAUCCUGCCAGGGACCCACCUGCAUUAAACCCUGGAACGUUAUCCAUCCGGAUGGAUCAGUGCAGAAUUUAAAGGACGCAUUGUCGCCAAAGUAUGACAGGUUUUAUGAGGCACAGCCAAAGGUAUCUUUCGAUACGUGCCUGGAUGGUUACAUCAUUUCAAAUGAGGGGCCACAGGUCGGGCUCCAAUACCGGAAUGGAUUGAGCUGGGAGGCUUGGACAUGA